AUGUCUUCUCAGGCCAAAAUAUCGUCUUUCUUUUCAACCUCUAAUAAACGGCCAUUGUACGAUAAUAAUUCCGAUCAGAAAACACCCACAAAGAAAGGAAAACUGGAUAAAGAACAGAAAGCAGAGAAAGAGUCGCUUUCCCCUGAACAAGUUAAAAGAAUGAAUGAAAAUAAAGCUGCAGCCAUGGAGAAAUUAAAAACAAGAAGAUUGUCACAAGAAUCCACUGAGUUAAAAGAUUUGAUGGGAAAGUCGUGGUAUAAGGCAUUAGAACAUGAAUUUACAAAGUCCUACUUUACACAGCUGUGUAAGUUUGUAGAAAAUGAACGAAGUAAAGGAACAGUUUAUCCUCCACCACAUCAAGUUUAUAGCUGGACAAAUUUCUCUCCAAUAGAAGAGGUAAAAGUUGUCAUUUUAGGACAGGAUCCAUAUCAUGGUCCAAAACAAGCACAUGGAUUAUGUUUUAGUGUACAGGAAGGAGUGAAAUCACCCCCUAGUCUAGUCAAUAUGUAUAAAGAAUUAGCCAAUGAUAUUCCUGGUUUUAAAAUCCCUACCCAUGGUACUCUGAAUGGCUGGGCGGAGCAAGGAGUUCUCUUAUUGAAUGCCUGUUUAACAGUUAGAGCAUCCCAAGCUAAUUCUCAUGCAGGGAAGGGAUGGGAAAAACUGACUGAUGCUGUGAUAGCUUGGAUCAAUAAGAAUACCACUGGGGUUGUCUUCAUGCUGUGGGGAGCCUAUGCACAGAAGAAAGGUGCUCAUAUCAAUGCAAAGAACCAUUGUAUAUUGAAGUCAGUCCAUCCUUCACCAUUAUCAGCUCAUAGAGGAUUUCUAGGCUGUCAACAUUUCUCUAAGUGUAAUGACUAUUUAAAACAACACAACAAGACGCCAAUAGAUUGGACCCAUUUACCUCCAUCUUAA